AUGGUAGCAAUUCCAGGCAUGCCCUCUCUUUUCCCCGUGCUCCAUCAGGGGAAAAUCAUGCUUCUAACUGACCCGGAAGUGGAAAGCAGCCUGCUGAUCAGCUCCGAUGAGGGAGCCACCUAUCAGAAGUACCGCCUCAGCUUCUACAUCCUCAGCCUGCUCUUCCACCCCGAGCAGGAGGACUGGAUCCUUGCCUACAGCCAUGACCAGAAGCUGUACAGCUCGGUGGAGUUUGGAAGGAGGUGGCAACUUGUCCAUGAGAGGGUGGCCCCCAAUCGAUUCUACUGGUCCAAAACGGGUUUAGACAAAGAACCGGGCUUAAUUCACCUGGAAACCAUAAUCUCUGAAGGACAGGCGCUGUACGUCACCUGCAAGCUGCAGAACUGCACCGAGGCCAAUAAGGGCAAGCCGUUCCCUGGCUACAUUGACCCCAAUUCCCUUGUGGUGCAAGACGAGUAUGUGUUUGUCCAGGUGUCAACUGGUGGGCGUCCAAUCUACUACGUGUCAGCCAAGCGGGAAGUCUUCACACCCAUGAAGCUACCCAAAUACACCUUGCCUAAGGAUCUGCAUGUGAUCAGUACGGAUGAGAACCGGGUGGUUGCGGCGGUGCAGGAGUGGAACCAGAACGACACUUACAACCUGUACGUGUCAGAGACUGGAGGGGUCUUCUACACCUUGGCCCUGGAGAACGUAGUCAGCAGCAUGGGGCACGAGGGCAACGUCAUGAUAGACCUGUAUGAGGUGGCGGGUAUAAAAGGGAUGUUCCUCGCCAACAAGAAGAUGGACAACGUGGUGAAGACUUACAUCACCUACAACAGAGGGAGAGACUGGAGGCUACUGCAGGCUCCCACUGCUGACCUGAGGGGCAACAGCAUCCGCUGUGAACUACCAUACUGUUCCCUACACCUCCACCUACAUGUGUCGGCCAACCCCUACACGUCGGGGAAUAUCGAGAGCAAGGACUCUGCCCCGGGGAUCAUUGUGGCCUCAGGUAGACUAGUCUAUGACAUGUCUCCACACGCCUUAGGAGUCAGGAGUGUGUCUAGUCUACUACUAGACCGCGCCAUGGGGUCUCUGGAGAACUCUGGAGGACUUCAUGGGAUCUUUGAUGAGGAGUACAGUGUUCUCUACCUGGACCAAGGAGGGGCCCUGGUGGCUAUAAGACACACUCCACUCCCCAUCCGACACCUAUGGAUGAGUUUCGACGAGGGGAGACAGUGGAAUAAAUACAGUUUCACCAUGUCGCCCCUGUUUGUGGACGGGUUACUAGGGGAGCCGGGGGAGGAGACUCUCAUCAUGACGAUCUUUGGCCACGUCAGUCACCGGUCCGAGUGGCAGCUGGUCAAGAUUGACUUCAGGUCCAUCUUCAACCGGAGAUGUACAGAGGGGGAUUACCAGACAUGGCACCUACACAACCGGGGCGAGCCGUGCAUCAUGGGAGUGAAAAGAAUCUACAGGAAGUUGAAGCCCAUAGCCAGGUGCGUUAUGGGUAAGACAUACUCGGUCACGAUGACCUCGGCGCCCUGCGACUGCACAGAGGCCGACUUUGAGUGUGACUAUGGCUACGAGAGGCGAAGUGACGGCAAGUGCACCCCCGCCUUUUGGUUCCUCCCAUCGUCCAUGUCUAGAAGCUGUACCACAGGGACUACUUUCAUCAACAGCACUGGCUACAGGAAGGUUGUGUCCAAUAACUGCACAGCGGGCGUGAUAGCAGAGUACACGGCCAGGAGGCAGCACUGUCCUACCCAGGCCCCCAAAGGCCUGCACCUCGUCACCAGUGAAGGAAAGCUGACAGCUACGCUGGCCACCAAUGUCACCUUCCUGGUGUUUCUUGAAGAGGGCGACGGAGCCAGGACCAGCAUCAUGGUGGACUUCGGGGACGGUCACGCUCUGACCUACUCCAACGUGAGCUCCAUAGAGGAUGGGGUCAAGCACGUCUACAAGGCUGUGGGGAUCUACCGUGUGACCGCUACAGGAGAGAACAGCCUGGGGUCGGAGAGCGUGGUGCUGUACCUCCACGUCACAUGUCAGCUGGAGUAUAUCCAUCUCUCCGCUCCCUUUGUGGCGGUGAAGAGUAAGGAAGUCAACCUCACCGCUGUGCUGUGGCCUAGCCAAGUGGGAACAGUCACCUACAUCUGGUGGUUCGGAAAUAACACUGAGCCGAUAAUCACCCUGGAAGGGAGCGUGGCGUGCACGUUCUCCCGGGAAGGCGUCAACACUGUCACCGUGCAGGUGUCCGCUGGGAACGCCAUCCUGCAGGACCGGAAAACCAUCGCUGUCCACGAAUAUUUCAGGUCACAUCUACUAGCCUUCUCAUCUAACCUGGACGACCACAACCCCGACGUGGCCGAAUGGAGACUGGACGUCAGCAGAGUCAUCAAGAACUCCAUGGUCAAAGCCACAGGGGUGAGCCCGGAGCUGCUCCUUGUCACCGUCCUACCAGGGUUGCCCACGGCAGCAGAGUUUUUCCUCCUGCCAGACAAAGAGUUAACGGAGGGCAAGCCAGAGAAGAACUCAGCUCAUUUAGACCAGCUCUCUGAAAUCCUGCUUAGCGCCCUCAACCAAAACCUGGUCCAGUUCACCCUUCGGCCUGGGGUCCAGGUCACAGUAUACGCUGCACAUUUGUCAGCAGCGCCCCUAGUGGACACGAGUGAGAACCACAGCGGCUCGGCCAUGCUGAUGCUGCUGUCGGUUGUGGUUCUGGGUUUGGCGAUAUUUGUCGUCUACAAAUUCAAAAGGAAGAUCCCAGGCCUCAACGUCUAUGCGCAGAUGCAGAACGAAAAAGAACAAGAAAUGAUCCCGAGUCCAGUAAGUCCGACGGAAAGCACCCUGGUGUCCUCGAACACUCCGAGGGAGCUGGUGACUUCUCCGGAGCUUAUGGACGCAGAGUUGAACACACGGCCCAUCGGAUGCAUCAAACCUCACGCACAUGUCAAGUUCUCAACGGAACUCCCCACGUACAUCAACGUUUAAGAACUCUGGACAACUCCGAAAAAACAGCGACUCCAUUCWGUGUCAUGGACUUUUUGAAUAAUUUGAGCGGACACAAUGGUUUUGAGCUUCAUACCUGUGCAUGUUGGACUUUACUGACUUUGCUGACACUUACUGUGCUCUGUGAAAACCAGAAGAAACUGUAUACAGGUUUUUGUUUUUUUCAUAAUGUAUGUCUAUCCAAUAAAAAAUAAUUUUUGAUGAAAUGUAUUUAUACAAAGUCAAGUACAUAACUACAAAUGGAAAGCCAGCAUGAUCUAAAGAAAAAAUACACAAAAAAAACAGCACUCUUUUGGUUCGCUUACUGUGAGUGUCUUACAUCCUUUUUCGCUACUGCGUGUCGCUAACAGAGGUGGUACACUAUUUAUUCAUAAGAACAUACUUUAAAGUAUAUAAUUGAAUUUAAAAUCACGUUUAUUUUGUAAAUCAUGAAUGUCUGUGAUAUUUGUGUAUUUUAAUAACAAAUUGCAAACUGAAAAACGAUAUCAAUUAUUAAUACAACCAUUUUGUUUCCGUUCCGAUCACUGUCUCACGAAAAGCUGAUUAUGGCACAAUACACUUUUGUACUAAAAUGUUUUGUUUUUGCUUACAAUGUAAUAAUUCGAAGACAGAUACAGGGUUUGGUUGUCUCGAUUUGGUGAUUUUAUUGAACUUUUCUGUUAAUCUCUACACUAUGAGCUAUAUUUAACGAGAAACACUAGUUGUAUGACACUUUUUUUCCCAAUGUAAUAGCUUGCCUGAGAAACAUGGUGCUAGCCUGCUACCAUGGUAGGGACUUCAAGAUAAACCAAUGUAGAUUCAUUAAGUUUUCAGUUCCCUCUGACACCAUGCAUUAGUUACACCUGAUUUCAUAGAAGAGAAAUGGGCAGAAGACAGUUAUUUCGGAGGCAUCAAAAUCAGUCAAUAUCCUCUCAAAGUAACCUUUUUUCCCGAAGUUAACUGGAGGUUGCGAAAGUUAAAAUGAAAAACAGCUACUUUAAGAUGAAAUAUCUAGUGGAGCGUUCAGAGCGAAAAAAGAGUGGACUGCCUUUUAUGGUAAGACACACCAGGGCAUUGAAAUAGGGAGAACAGAACAGAACUGCAAGUCUAGUCGGGAAUUUAGUUAAUGCAGCCAGUCAAGCUCAAUGCUGGUUAAGGUUGGUGACACAUUUAGGCUAAUGUCACCCAGUCUCGGCCCCGUGUUCUCCAUCUCUGUCGCGUAUUGUACCCCCUUUCAAGAACCAAAGGAAGUAGAGUGCAGAUGGUAGGGUACAUGGAUGGUUAACUUGUUUUGAGAAGCAGGGUUGGACGCAGUCGAACCCCGAAGUGUUGUUCUGACAGACGUGAUUGUUUGGUUGAUGGUUAUGGUAUUUCAGAAGACCCUUAUUGUCAUUCCAUAAAGACAAUUAUAGAGGGAAAAUUGUUAUGUUUCUGGAAUCUUCAUAUAACCAUUAUUCUACUGUAGCUGGACAGUGAUGCUAAAAUAUUCCAAGUGACUUGAACUAUGUAGCAUACAUAUUGUAUACACACACACGAACACCCACCCACCAACACACAACCUAGAAUGUACAGUACCAGUCAAGUUUGGACAC